GGUUGAAGAAAACGUAGCUCAUUUGAGUAAUUAUGAAGUACUGGCGCUAUUAAACGAAAAGCAAGCCAAUAAACAGAACAAAAAUCAUCAACCACAAGCUACAAUAUUUUUUUCCACAAUAAAAUAUUUAAAUGGAACUCCCUGCAGUAGUCAAACUCCUGAAAAAAUAAGAAACUUUAUGAAGGCCGUUCAACCAUUCAAGUUAACCAAAUGUGAGAAGUUGGCUUUGUUGAAUUUAAGCCCGAGCACUCCGUUGGAAAUGCAACUGAUUGUUGAGGCCAGUGAUGAUGGUCGUUUGAGUGAAGCUGAAAUUGAUAGUCUACUGGAGCUGGUUCAAAUCCAUUUAGGUGACGGAAGCGCGAAGAAUACAAGUUAA